AUGCAACCAUUCGCCCUCCUCUGCCUUCACCUGGCGGCGUUCGCGUCGUCGAGUGUCGGCUCCUUCGCCACGGCGCCGCGCAAAGCCACCGGGCUGCUUCGAGAGCCCACCAGCAACUUUGCUCACUUUCUCCCGACCUCGCCUGCUCCUUUCGCAAUCGACUCGGAGCCCGCCCGGACGGAGAAUGCACGUGUGGUCUUUUGGACCAUCGCCUCGACCACGCCCAGCAGGAGCGUGGCACCGUCGCCUUCGCGAACGACAACAACGGCGCUUGCGCCCAACCCCCGACUUCGUCCCCGCCACUUCGACGAGCUUCCGGCUGACACCUGGCCGGCGACCCGGUACCUUAUCGCGCUAGGAAUGAUCCUCGCGCUUCUCACGGACGACAAUGUCGCCGACGCUUGCGGCAGCGACGAUGACGAUGACGACAACAACCACAAGAUCGCCCACGACGGCGCCCAGCCCGUCGCGAGGGCUGUCAUCGGGCCAGCGCCUGUCGAGCAGGAGCCGGCUGUGGUCGACGCGGAAUUUUUAUCCUAUGUGCUGGACGACGGAAUCGAAGCGAUCGACGACGAGACAGGCCGGAUCAUCGUGCCGCCCGGAGAUAAUGCCGGCGCGGCUUUGGACGAUCCGGGCCCCGCUCUCGCGAUCAACAGUCCUGUCGAGCAGGACUCAAAGCCCCUCGGCGGUACGGACGCGGACCAGACGGACCCAGCGGAUGGGGAGCCCGCCUGGGACCGCCUGGAACCGCUCCUCGCCGACAUUGCGAUCGCCUCGACGGACGAGCAGCAAGCCCUGGACACCGACGCCGGAGAUCGCGCCGCGCUUCUCGUUCCGGACUGCGCCCUCGCCGUCGGGAGCCCCAUCGAGCAAGACAUAGCCCUGGUCGCCGAGCAAGAGGCAGCGGUGGCCAACGACGAUCAGGGCCACGCAGCGGCAAGCGGGGCACGCCCGGAGCCUGCCCCGGACGACGGCAAGAACGAGACGAUAGCUGGCGACAGCAUCGCGGCACGAGUACGGGCAAGAGGCCCCGGGGCCCGGAUGCGUCGAUGCGCGACGUACUACGAGGCGCCGUUGCGCCACAAGAAGAGGAGGCGAAAGAGGUCAAGACCGCAAGGCGACGAGGCGGCGACGAUAGGACAAGGCGACGAGGCGACGACGAUGGGACAAGGCGACGAGGCGACGACGAUUGGACAAGGCGACGAGGUGGCGAUGACGACGCAAGGUGGCGAGGCAAGGCGGCGGCUGCAACAGGUCAAGGCGGUGGCUGCGAUGCCACGACGAGUCGAUGCGAUGAGGCGGGGGCAACAAGCCAAGGCGAUGGCGGCGAUGCGACGACGAAUCGAGGCAACGAGGCGCCUGCAAGACGUCAAGAACACCAGUCGGCUGCGACUAGAACAAGGUAGCGAGGCGGCGACAAGUCCCGGCACCGGCGGCGAGCGGCAAGAUGAUGAGCUGGUGCCGAAGCCGUCGGACGGAGCGGGACUUGAAGCUUGCCCUGCACGCACCGGUGAGAGGUCCGUCGCUGCCGAGUGCGACAACGCUGACAUCGCUUUUGCUUCUGAAGGAUGA